AUGGUCAAGGAAUCCGACAUGUCGAGCUCAUUUCGGAUUAAGACCUUCCAUGGUCUUCAAGAUGGAUUUGAAGAUCCGGCAGACUUCAUCGAGGACAUCGAGACCUUGGUAGAAAGAGACUAUUUCAGAGAAGAGUCAGUAUUGAGGAUCGCUAUCAGGAAAGCCACCCCCGAGGAAAGACAGUCUUACGACGAGGAGAUCAAAUUCCUCGAGGAGAAGAAAAAUCGUGACUGCCGAGUCCUAUUCCGUCAAAAUGUCUCCGGUAGGGCCGAGAAGUGGUACAAAUACCGGAGCCGCGAAGUUCGCCAAGACUGGACAAAACUGAAAGCGAGAUGCCUCGAAUGCUACCAGAUACCUGAAGAAGAUCCGGCCACCGCUAUCAGACGGAUGGAAGCUAAGUACGACACUAUAAAGCAAGGGAAGGACGAAUCGAUAACCGCCUUCCUAGAGAGAGCUGACGACUUCCAGGCUCAGUAUGGGUCGCAGAAGCCAAACUUCGGCAUAAAGGUGAUACGAGGUCUCCACGAGACGGGGAAGAGAGAGUCUCUCAUCUUCUGCCUCCGGCAGAAAAAUCGAAUGGACUAUGCAUAUGCGAGGGAACUGAUCAUCAAGUCUUACUCUGGGGUCGAGAAUCUAUCCACAUUCCAUUGA